UUAAUGAUUUGUUUUGAAUUUUUUUAUGAAUUUUUUUAUAUUCUUUAUUUUAUUAUUUAUUUUAUUAAUAAAAUAAUUUAAAAAUAUAUAUAUAAAAAAAAAACGACACGUCAUCGGUUUUGAACAGUACAAGUUACCGUUUUGACUUAAUGAACAAGUAAGUCAGGUUGGAGUUUUUUUUUGAUAAAAAUGUCAUUUUGAAAGUUUAAUCUGCUUGUGAAAUACUCUCAGAGUUUAAUGUGUAAGUGAUUGCCAACUUGAAGUUACCCCAUUUUGACUUAGUUAUGUGCUAACAUUCCAUAUGCACAAAGUCUCACUUUUCUCUAUUAAUUUUUCUUUGUGUUUUAGGCUGGGAUCCUGAAUCUAAAAACAUUUGUAAAAUGUGCACACAAAAAAAAACAUUUGUAAAAAUAAAGUCUAAUUUCCAUAUUUGAUCAAUAUAAACUUUAAAUUUGGUAUAAAAAAUGAGCCUGCACGUGAAAAGGAAACAAAUCUAAACAAAUUUCCUCUUUCUAAAUAUCUAUAUAAACAGAAAAGGAAAGAAAUCUAAACAAGUUUUAACUUUCUAAAUAUCUAAAUAAACAGAAAAGGAAAUAGAAACAAGUUUUUAUCUUUCUGGAUAUCUAUAUAAACACACCCAAACUCUACAUCUUGUUCAUAUCUCUCACAACAUCAACAAUGGGGAUAACGUUUUCGAGGACAAAACGACUGAUAACAACAAGGUCGCAGCCUGACGAAGAAAUAAAUUUCUUCCUCAACAACGAAACCCCUCAAACACUGUCCACGAAUUCUAUCGAACAACAACACGAUGAUCAACUAAUAUCUUCUUUCCUCGAAGUCGCUGUCGGUCAGACCGUCGAGACCGCAAAAAGGUUCUUGGAGACAACGAACUGGAACAUAGAGGAAUCCAUCAAUCUUUUUCUCCUCCGCAACAACUACGAUCAUGCCGCGGAGGAAAGUAACGAGUCAACGACGUUCGAUGGUGGAGAAUCAGAUUCGACAUUGUCUUCCAUGUAUCGUCCUCCUGUAGACAUGCUUUUCGAGGGUCGUACGUUUGAGGAAGCGAAGUCAACUUCUUGUACACAGAAUCUAUGGUUGCUAGUGAAUCUCCAGUCCAGAACAGAGUUUGCUUCUCACGCGCUCAAUCGUGAUUUAUGGGCGAACGACACCGUUUCGGAAGCUCUUAUGUCCAGCUUCGUCUUGUGGCAGGUCUAUGAUAACACAAUCGAAGGGAAGAAGAUCUCGAACUUCUACAAGAUGGACUCUGCUCCACCUGUGGUGCUUGUGAUCGAUCCCGUCACCGGUCAGAAGAUGGGGAUGUGGAGCGGCGUGAUUGAUGCUCAGAGCUUUGUGGAGGAUUUGUCGUGGUUUUUGGAGGCUGGUCCUCAUGAGCAUAUUGCUUCACUGAUAAGGAACAGAUACCCUGAAGCGGAGGAGGAUCAGACUUGUUCCAAAAGCAACAACAAUGAUCAAGUCCCGGUUCCUUCUUGGGGUGAAGAGUUUGAAAAGAAGGAGGAUUGGUCGUCAAGCAACAACGUCGAGGGUCCUUCUUGGGGAGAAGAGUUUGAAAACGUGGAGGAGACGUGUUCUUCAAGCAACAAUGAUGAUGAUGACAUCGUUGAUCCUUCUUCGGGGCCAGAAAAACACUGGGUAGAGUUACCGGAUUUGACAGAAGAGCCCAAAGUAGACUGUGAUAAAAGCCUUGUGUGCAGUCUCUCUGUUCGUUUUCCAGAUGGGACAAGAAAGCAGAGAAGAUUUCUCAAGAGCGAACCUUAUCUACUUCUCUGGUCUUUCUGUGAUUCUCUCUUGGAAGAAUCAGAGAUUAAUGCGUUUAAGCUGGUACAUGCGAUUCCUGGUGAUUCCAAGACUCUUGAUCAUAGACUCUAUGCGACUUUUGAGGAAUCUGGACUCGCUAAUUCGAUGAUCUCGGUUCUUUCGAAGUGAAUACUUCGAGUUUUAGGCUAACCUUUAACUAAGAAGGCAAGAAAAGGAUUGUGAGUUUUAGUUCGAGCGUGUUGCUGUUUCUUUUCUGCUUCUUUAUUCCUUGUAAUGAAUCAGUCACCGUUCUAGUAAAAUUUCAGUUUCUUCUU